AUGUCUCUUGCAAAUAUCUCUAUUUUUCCUGGUGAUGGAUUACCUUCGACAAUAUGCUUAAUAUGCACAAACAGACUUGAAAAUUGCAUUGACUUUGUGGAACAAUGUGAAAGAUCUGAUUUACAUCUUCGGUCCAAAUGUAUUGAAACUAACUUGAAGGUUCAUCUUAGGAUACAUACGGGUGAAAAACCAUUUCGCUGUAUGGUUUGUGGAGAGGCUUUUGCCCAUUCUGCAGGUUUGGCUGUACACAAGCGGAAACAUACGGGUCAAAAGCCAUAUCAGUGUAUUUUAUGUCCACGUAGUUUUCGAACGGCCGGGCACCUACAGUAUCAUGUAAGGAAACACACGGGGGCAAAAAAUUUCGAAUGUCAUACAUGUGGACGAGCCUUUAUAACUCGAAGCGAUCUUAAGCAACAUUUGGCACAGCAGCCAACAACUCUCAUGCCACCAGUCAACGAACCAGUCGAUAGGGAGAAUAUCCCUAUCGACUGGUUCGUUGCUGGA